CAGCUCCACCAUCCUCUUCAGAGCAGACGAGUGAGCCUAGAUCUGCCCCUCAAAUCAUGUCUUUCACCCCAAGCGAGUCGUCUAACCCCCAACCAAGCACUCUAUCACCGGCACCAGAUCAAUCGAUCGAGCCUCCAUCUAACCCUCAACCUAUACCUUCUCCUCCAAGGCAAUCCUCCGAACAGUUCCAAAUAAACAUGUCAUCAUCAGUGGUGAUCGUGGUGUCGUCCCCAGAGGACCCCGCGCCUCGUACCAGCGUUUCUGCCAGGCGUAAACUUUUUGAAGGUAUACCAAUCAUGGGACUUCGGCGCCAAGUGAAUGCGGAAGAUUGAAUAUUCUUACAAGUCCUCCGGGGUUGUUCUCUUUCCUCUGCUUGCAUUGCCCUUAUACUUCAUCUCUUUUCAUUCCUCUCUCAUGUUCCCUAUUUGUCUGAUCUAUUUCCCCCUCUACUUAUAGGAUCGCUGGGGGAUUGGUCCCAGCUUAAUGUCGAAUUGUUG